CCAAAGCCUGAAAUGGGAACUUCAUUUCCAUACACCAAAACCCUCUCCCUCUUUUCACUCCAAGUGUUGUUCAUAGCUUCAUUUGCUUCACCUUCUAAAGCCUUUGCAAACGAAACCCUAUCUCAAUGCCUCAUAAGCCAUUCCCAUGCUUCGCACCCAAUAAUCUCAGCCAUAUACACACCCGAAAACUCUUCUUACUCAACCGUUCUUCAAUCUUACAUACGGAACCUGCGGUUCAAUGCCUCUGACACGCCAAAACCCACUCUCAUCCUCACAGCACUCCAUGAGUCUCACGUGCAAGCAGCCAUUGUUUGCGCCCAAAAGCUCUCGGUCCAGAUGAAGAUCCGAAGCGGAGGCCAUGACUUCGAGGGCAUAUCCUACUUCUCCAUCUCCUCGCCUUUCUUCAUCCUUGACAUGUUCAAUUUCCGCUCAGUCGACGUUGACAUUGAGGCCGAGACCGCAUGGGUCCAGGCAGGGGCCAUCCUUGGCGAGGUCUACUAUGGGAUCGCUGCGAAGAGCAAGGUCCAUGGCUUCCCUGCUGGGGUUUGCUCCAUGGUGGGCGUCGGUGGCCACUUCAGUGGUGGCGGCUAUGGCAACAUGAUGAGGAAGUUUGGGCUCUCCGUUGACAACAUAGUCGACGCGUCCAUAAUCAACGCCAAGGGCGAAAUUCUGGAUAGGGAAUCCGUGGGAGAAGACCUCUUUUGGGCCAUAAGAGGAGGCGGCGGAGCGAGCUUUGGCGUCAUCCUCGCGUACAAGAUCAACCUUGUCCAUGUGCCCGAGAUGGUGACUGUCUUCCGCAUCCAUAGGACGUGGGAGCAAAACGCGACCGAGGUCGUGUACAAGUGGGAACAAGUGGCGCACAAGCUGCAUGAGGACCUCUUCAUAAGGCUGGUCAUGGACGUGGUUACCGGAAAAAACGCCAGAGAGAAAACAGUAAGAGCCACGUUUGUCGCGCUUUUCCUUGGAGACACUCGAAGGCUUCUUUCCUUGAUGAGCGAUAGUUUUCCCGAGCUAGGCUUGCGAAGUUCGGAUUGCAUCGAAAUGAGUUGGGUCAACUCCACGCUUUACUGGAUGAAUUUCUCGAUUGGGACUCCAGUCGAUGCUUUGCUUUCACGUGCGCCGCAACGCUUGAUGCAUUUGAAGAGAAAAUCCGACUAUGUGAAGCAAAUCAUAUCGAAGGACGGAUUGCAGCUCAUUUGGAAGAGGAUGAUCGAGCUUGAAAGGCUGACUUUGACCUUCAACCCUUACGGUGGCCAGAUGGGCAAGAUUCCCACGACCAAGACCCCAUUUCCGCAUAGAGCCAGGAACCUAUGGAAGGUCCAGUACGCGACGAAUUGGCACGAGUACGGGGAUGAAGCGGCACGACACUACAUUGAGCUGACGAGGAAGCUCUAUGGUUACAUGACGCCCUUUGUGUCGAAGAACCCGAGAGCAGCGUUCUUGAAUUACAGGGACCUUGAUUUGGGGGUCAACCACAAUGGAAAUGAGAGCUAUGAGGAAGGGAAAGUGUACGGGGUCAAGUACUUCAAAGGCAAUUUCAACAGGUUGGUGGAGAUAAAGACCAAAGUCGAUCCCGGUAACUUCUUCAGAAAUGAGCAGAGCAUUCCGGUUCUUCCCCCGUAAGAAAGAAGUGACGUGCCCAAAAAGUCAUUGCACUUCUCUUGGUCCUUAGUUCAGUGGAGAUUUUAAGUUUGAACGAUGAACAAAGCAGAAUGUGUUGAAUGUGAAUUACGAGAGUGGAGAUGGGUGUUCAUUCUUCUAUCUUAGGUUCAUUAUUAAUGUCAAGAUACCCUUUACGUAAA